ACAAAAAUAAGAGAUAACAGAUUACUUACCUUGCUUCGAAAACUGAUAGUUCUGAAUUUUAGACCACGAAAAAUUAUGAAAUCCGUAUCGAAUGCGCCGGUGACAGCCUCGCGCUAUAAGUUGUUUGCUUCGCUCCGUGUUCAGCCGAGCGUACCUAAUUGUCCAACGGCGCCGGUCAAGGAUUCAAAUCGCUGCUUACUCGUUUACUUUAGUAGUUUGAUAUCAGGUAUCAGGUAUGGCAGCAAACUACAAACGCUCUUCAAAAAGCCUUAAUAAUUCACUUACGAGCAACGCCAAUGAAGCUAAACCCUAAAAUGAGAAGAGUUGAUGAUGAGAGUGAUGAAACUAACCUCCAAUCAGUUUACAAGCUCAUCCAGAAAAUGGAUAAAAAGCUUGAUGGAGAGUGAAAUGACAGAAAUAAAGAAAUCAAACGAAUUUACUCACGAAACCAUAAAAGACCUGGAGCAAGACAUGAAGAAACAAGGUCAAAUGAUGGCCCUCGAACAGAGGAUGAAAGAGCUCGAGGCAAAAAGCAAAAGCGAUCACGCUGAGCUGCUAGACCUCCGCACGCGCAGCAUGCGCAAUAACCUCUUGUUCUUCGAGUUCUUCAACAUCCCUGAAAAAAAUGGUGAAAACCCACACGAAGUCCUCGUCAACACGAUGAUAGUCGAAAUGAAGCUGCAAAAUGUUGACGCCAUCGAACUCGAAAGAGUUAAUAGAAUUGGUAAUCGUAAAACGUCAUCUAGGCCAUUGGUUGCGAAAUUCUUGCGCUUCCAAGAUAGAGAGAGGGUGCGCAAGAACGCACAUGCCCUGAAAGGAACAAACAUAGGAAUCGCAGAGCAAUUCCCAAAGGAGAUCGCCCACGAAAGGAAAGUCCUAUACCCUAUUAUGAAAAAAGCAAAAAAGGAUGGACACAAAGUCCAUAUGGUUCUAGAGAAACUCUACAUCAACGGCCAAAGAUACUUCCCGCAAUGAUCAUUUACGAGUCGCAACAAGGGGCCCCGAAAUUUAGUGUAAUAUCCUUUUUAAUCUUAAAUCCUUGUUAAAUCUAGAUUUCCAAAUUCCUCAUACAGUAUAUAUGAUCGUUUUUACCCAUUUUUCAUACAUGUAAAGCAGUUCGGAUAACAUAACAUUUUGCAAUACCUGCAGUCUCACAAUUGAUGAAAAUCAAAACAAGGUCAUCUGUAAUUCCUGCCCUAAUGAAUACCACUUGAAAACGCCAUGUGUUAACAUAGAUAAGGAAGACCUUGAAAACCCGGAUGUCAACACGUUUGUAUGCUAUCAAUGCUUAGAAUCACAGUUUCCUUUCCAAAACGAAAAUAACCAUGAAAUACAAAAUACCAGAAGUAAUUACCCAAAUUCCUUUACAGAGAGCGAUUUAAAUAGGCUGGAAAAAAUGAUAUUUAAUCCUUUUACUACCGACAAUGAUGACACCAACGAAGUAGAGUACAACCUAGAUCCCCACUCUUCAGUAACUAAUCUUUUUUUCACCAUAAUAUCCGUAGCUUUCGCAAUAAAAAGAAAUCUUUUCAAAACUAUCUAAAUAUGCUCACACACGAAUUUUCAAUAAUCGCAUUAACAGAAACUUGGCUAAAAGACAAUAAGGAUGAAAUCCCUGAACUUCAAGGCUAUAAAACUUUGAGUCAGAAUAGAAGGGAAAAAGACGGAGGCGGUAUCGCAUUAUUUAUAAAAGACCAUAUAAUGUUUAAAAUACGAACAGAUUUAAAUGCAAUUAAAAUUAACCAAGACACGUCUGAAAUACUUUUUAUCGAAGUUACAUGUCGACAUAGCCCAAACAUAAUAGUUGGUGUGAUAUAUCGGCCACCAGAUAACAAUUACAACCAGUUUGAACAAUCACUUAAUAACAUACUCCAACAAUUAGACAAAGAAAAGAAACCCUGUUACUUAAUGGGUGACUUCAACUUAGACCUUCUUAAACACGAAAAAUCAGAAUUCCCAACUAGAUUUUUUAACCAAUUAUCUUCGUCUGAUUUUGUUCCGCUUAUAACUAAGCCAACACGACUGACAUCGCACACAGCAACACUAAUUGACAAUAUGUUCUGCAAUCGACCAAAUUUCAGCCAAAUUGCCGAUAUAUUAUUUAACGAUUUAUCAGACCACCUUCCAAUAUUCCAUAUUUGCACUAACGACGAAAACACAAAUCCUCGAAAAACUCGACAAACAUAUACAAUACAAAACUAGAGAUAUGUCAAAUGAAAAAAUAACACACUUCAAUAAGGAGCUUGAAAAACAAGACUGGAACUCAACCAAGCCGACUCAGAAGAUGCAUACAAAUCCUUUAUGACGAUAUUCAAAUCAAUAUAUGAUAAACAUUUCCCCGAAAAGGUAAUAAAAUACAGAGAAUUUAAAAAGAAAAACAAUCCAUGGAUAACGCAAGGUUUAAUUAAAUCAACAAGAAAAAAGAGAAACUACAUAAAAGAUACCUAAUUAAGCCAUCCGUAUCUAAUAUAACAAAAUACAAGAAUUACAGAAAUAAAUUGAACAGCCUUAUACGAAUAGCUAAAAAAACAUAUUAUCAAAAACAGUUAGUACAAUCAAAAGGAAACCUAAAAAACACAUGGAAAAUAAUAAAUGAAAUCAUAAACAAAAAGAGUAAAAAAAAAAGAAAUUACCAUCAAACUUUAUACAAGAUGGAAUUGAUGUUAACAAUAAAGAUGAAAAAGCUAAUAAAUUCAACAAAUUUUUCGUAAAUGUGGGUCCUAACCUAGCAAAGAAAUCUAAUAAGAACACAAAAAAAUUCAAAAAACAUUUUAAAGGCGACUAUACCCACUCAAUUAUUUUACAAGACACCUGCGAAAACGAAAUAAUAAACAUUAUCAAGAACAUGAAACCAAAACAAAGCUCUGGAAUUGAUGGAAUUAGCCCGAAACUAUUAAAAAAUAUUUCAAACUCCAUUUCUUCGCCAUUGUGCCAUAUGUUCAACCUUACAUUUAACACUGGAAUUAUUCCCUGUGACCUAAAAACAUCACUAGUAACACCUAUAUACAAGGCCGAUGAUGAAAAUCAAUUUACAAAUUACAGACCGAUAUCAGUAAUCCCUAGCUUUGCAAAAAUCCUUGAAAAAAUAAUGUACAAAAGACUAAUAUCCUACAUCAAUAAGAAUGACAUACAAUAUGACAAGCAAUAUGGGUUCCGAAACAACCAUUCAACAACACUUGCACUUACUGAUCUAAUUGACAAAAUUACUACAGCUAUUGAACAAGGAAAAUACACUAUAGGAAUAUUUUUAGACUUAUCAAAAGCAUUUGAUACUGUGAAUCAUAAAAUACCACUUGCCAAAUUAUCAUUCUACGGAAUCCGUGGUCCUAUGAUUGGUUCUAUAAUUAUUUAUCAAACAGAAAGCAAACUGUUAAAUAUAAUGUAACACUCUAUAAUUCACUUGUAUACCCCUACCUCUACUAUGGAAACAUAAUAUGGGCAAAUAACUAUAAUACUAGAUUUAAAAGGCUUUCGGUCUUACAAAAAAGAUCGUUAGAAUAAUAACAUUUUCGCAUUACACAUCACCCUCGAAGCCAAUACUAAGGGAACUUAAGAUUCUAAGCAUUGAGCAAAUAAAUUCAUUGCAAACAGGGUUAUUCACAUAUGACAUCUUCAACAACAGACUGCCACACCAAUUUGAUACAUUCAACAAAACAAACAACGAAAUUCAUAAUCAUAAAACAAGAAACGCAGCCAAAUUACAUAAAAAAUCCAAUAAGACAAACUAUGGAAAAUAUUCUACAAGAAACAAAUGCAUUGAAAUAUGGAAUUCUUUACCAUCAGAUAUAACUGAUAGCCGCUCCCAUUUUAUAUUCAAAAUUAAAUUUAAAAAAUACCUUCAUGCUCAAAACAAGUGAUUUAGUAUUGUAUUGUAGUAUUCCAAAAAUAGUAUUCCAAUUUAGUAUUUUAUUGUAUUAUUCCAACAGAGACAUACUCUUCAAUGUAAAACCAAAAAUACAGAAAGCUAGUUUGAUGCUACCUGCAACGUGAUUGUAAAUUAGUUCUAUUAAUAUUUUCCCAGGGAGGCUACUAGAAAAGCUUCAAGGAGCUUCAUAACCUUCCCUUCAUUUCAUUUUAUUUAAUGAUGUAAAACGUAUUGAUUAAUUAGAAAAUGAAAUGGAAAAUAAACUAUCUAUCUAUCUCUAA